CGUGAUCUCCUCAAAGACUUAACCGUGCAUGGUAUUAUAUCUCUGACCGCCCACUCCAGCGUCAUUAUAUUGCAUCGUUUUCGCGGCCCCCCUUUUUUGCAGCCCCCGUCCCGUAAACGUGCAAGAAGUAGUCAGCAACCCUGCAAUGUGCAGAACGGGAGACUUUGCUGGAGCUGGGUCUCCCUGGUCACAAGGAGCUCGCCGCGCAGGUGCACGCUGUCGGUACUAGCUCAACGGAGCCCGUUCCGGCGGCAUUGGCCCUCGGGGAAAUGCAACGUGAGGGGGCGCCCGGCUGCAGUGCCGCUGUACCGUCGCUGCCGCCGCCUGUGCAGGCGGGUGCGUGGGCGCAUCCGCCGCCGCCGCCACGGGCCGCAGCCCGAGCGGCGGCGGCAAAGAUGCAGAUGCAGACGCAGGCAGGGUCGCGGCACACUGGCGGAAGCGAAGGCGGAGGCGCCGCCGCUGCCCCCAAGGACCCGCCAAACCCUGCCUCACAGGCUGCGGCGGCAGCCGUCGUCGUCGGCGACAACCGCCAGCCACCCGCCAAGCGCACCCGUGGCAGCAGCAGCAUGCUGCGCAGGGGCCCUGCCCCUGGCGGUCAGGUGGAUGCAAUUCGCGCUGCUGCUUCAGCUACGGACGGUGGUAAUCACGGCGGCGGUGCUGGCUUGCCAUCUGCUUCGCCUGCUGCGGACACGAAGGCGCCAGCUAAGCGCCAGAGUGCGCGCCUGAACAGCGCUGGCCUACAGGAAACGCAGCCGCAGGCGGAGCAGCAGCAGCAGCCGCGGCGGCAGCAGCAGGGGCAGCAGCGGCAGCAGCAGCAGGGGUCGCUCUGGCGGGCCGCACGGAGUGCGGAGCAGCAGCAGCAGCAAAAGCAGCAGGCGGAGGAGCAGCAGCUGCAGCGGCAGGUGGAGGAGGGACAGCAGGGGACGGCAACGGCCACGGGCGCACGCCGCCAGGCGCCGCCGCAGCGGGCUGGCCAGCAGCCGCUGAAGCGCCUGCGGGCGGCGGCGGCGGCGGCGGCAGCUGCACCUGCACCUGCGGGGGGUGGCGACAGAGCUGGCAGCGAGGCUGUGGGCGGCAAUGAAGGCAAUGAGGAGGGUGAUGCGUCGCACGGAAAGACAGAACGGGCAGAACCACCACGGCCAGGGGCAGGGGAAGCAGGGGCAGGGGAGUCCGCACAGGGCGCCGGUGCGGGCUGCAGGGGCGCAGAGACGGCAGCGGCAGCGGCAGCGGCAGCGCCACAAGCAGCCUCUGACGGGGCGGGACCUGGGUCAGGCAAUGGAAAACGGCGCCGAGGGGCGUCAACCGCAGACGAACGGCCGCCCACAGCACCACCCGCCACUCGCAGGCGGUCUGCGCCGACCGCGAGAAACGCCGCUGCCGCCCCGGCGGCCAGCCCCCCGCAGAGCCGGCCCGCCUCCCCGCCUCCUGGGGCCCCUUUAGCCCCUGCAGCAGUCGCACCCAGAACCGCAGCCAUCGCCACAGCCGCAGCCGCAGCCCCUGCAACCGCCCCUGCAACAGCCGCAACCACAGGUGCAGCCGCAGCUGCAGCUGCGGCAGCAGCCGUUUCGUAUGCGUGCGUCACGUGCGGCUCGCCGUACCUCCUGCGCAAGAACAAGCAGCACGGCUUCUUCACGCACCGCACCCGCGCCUACACUUGUGACACCUGCUGCCGCCGCAACGUCAGCUCCCACGGCUUCUACGGCCCCACCGGGACGCGGUCGCUAGAGGAGGCGGGCGGCCGGGAGUGUGCGAACUGCGGUAAGGGCGAUGGCAACAGCAGAUGGCGCACGCACCCCACCCGGCUGGGCUUGUACCUAUGCCGCACCUGCAGCGAACGCGGCCUCUGGAGGUCGGGUGAGGGGUCGGCCCCCGAGCCCACCGGUACCGGUGCCGCCGCCACUGCCAGUGGUGGUGCUGCCGCAGCGGCUGCCGCGGCCGUGGCAGCCGUGGCGCGUACAACGACGCCGGAAGAGGCAGGAGCUGCAGCGGCAGCAGUAGCCCAAGCGGGAGAACGAACCCGAGCGGGAGAAGGAGAAGCCACAGACUCGGCAGGAGCUGCAGCGGUGGCAGGAGCAGCGCCAGUGUCGGCUGAUGCCGCUGAGGCGCCGUCGGCUGAGGCCACUUCUGUGCAGGCGAGUGGGCAGCAGCAUGCAGAAAGAGUGGCGGCGGCGGCGGCACCGAGGCCGGGGCGCAGGCGUGGGCCUACGCGGGAGGCACGCCGGGCCGAGGCAGUAGCUGCAGCGGGUGAAGAUGCGGCACCGCAGGGGGUGGAGCCGCCGAUGGCGCUUGCAGUGAAGCCGGCAGCGGAUGUGCAGACUGGCGGCACAGCCCAAGCGCAAGUUGCCGGUGAUGCCGCCGGUGAUGCCGCCGGUGAUGCCAUCAGCCAGGCAGCAGCAGCAGCAGCAGAGGCGAUGGCAGUAGCUGCGAUGGCAGCUGAGGAGGCGGCGGCGGCCGCGGCGGUUCCUCACCGAGGGACGGCUGCGGUGUUGCUGGAGGCGGCGGCGCUGGCGGCGGCGGAGGUGCCAGCGGAUGUGGCGCAGGCUGCACCGGCCGAUGUCGCGUGUGACGUGCCAGUGGUGGCGGCGGCGGCAACUGCUCAACCGGUGGCGGCUCCAGGUCCGGCGGCGCAGCACGCGCGGGAGGAGCCGCUGCUGGGCAUGCAAGGACCGGGACAGCCGCCGCAGCCGCCGCAGCCGCAGCCGCCGCAGCCGCAGCCGCCGCAGCAGCCGCAGUGGGAGCCGCAGCCACAGCAGUGGGAGCCGCAGCCGCAGCCGCUGCAGCCGCAGCAGCCGCAGUGGGAGCCGCAGCCGCUGCCGCCCCAGCAGCCGCAGCAGCCGCAGCAGCCGCAGCCGCAGCCGCCGCAGCCGCAGCCGCCGCAGCAGCCGCAGUGGGAGCCGCAGCCACAGCAGUGGGAGCCGCAGCCGCAGCCGCUGCAGCCGCAGCAGCCGCAGUGGGAGCCGCAGCCGCUGCCGCCCCAGCAGCCGCAGCAGCCGCAGCAGCCGCAGCCGCUGCCGCAGCCGCAGCCGCCGCAGCAGCCGCAGUGGGAGCCGCAGCCACAGCAGUGGGAGCCGCAGCCGCAGCCGCUGCAGCCGCAGCAGCCGCAGUGGGAGCCGCAGCCGCUGCCGCCCCAGCAGCCGCAGCAGCCGCAGCAGCCGCAGCCGCUGCCGCAGCCGCUGCCGCCCCAGCAGCCGCAGUGGGAGCCGCAGCCACAGCAGCCGCAGCAGCCGCAGCCGCCGCAGCCGCUGCCGCAGCCGCAGCCGCCCCAGCAGCCGCAGUGGGAGCCGCAGCCACAGCAGCCGCAGCAGCCGCAGCAGCCGCAGCCGCUGCCGCAGCCGCUGCCGCCCCAGCAGCCGCAGUGGGAGCCGCAGCCACAGCGGCUGCCGCCCCAGCCGCAGUGGGAGCCGCAGCCGCUGCCGCCCCAGCCGCAGUGGGAGCCGCAGCCACAGCGGUCGCCGCAGCCGCAGCAGCCGCAGUGGGAGCCGCAGUGGGAGCCGCAGCCACAGCAGCCGCAGCAGCCGCAGCAGCCGCAGUGGGAGCCGCAGCCGCAGCCGCAGCAGCCGCAGUGGGAGCCGCAGCCACAGCAGCCGCAGCAGCCGCAGCAGCCGCAGUGGGAGCCGCAGCCGCUGCCGCCCCAGCAGCCGCGGUCGCCGCAGUGGGAGCCGCAGCCACAGCAGCCGCAGCCGCCCCAGCAGCCGCAGUGGGAGCCGCAGCCGCAGCCGCCCCAGCAGCCGCAGUGGGAGCCGCAGUGGGAGCCGCAGCCACAGCAGCCGCAGCAGCCGCAGCAGCCGCAGUGGGAGCCGCAGCAGGAGCCUGCUCCUGCGGAGCCGCACCCUCAGCAUCAGUCGCCACCAGACGGGGCCAACACGGCGGAGGCGGAGUGGGCGGCGGUGGAGGGGGCGGAGGCGGAGGGGGCGGAGGCUAAGGGGGCGGAGGCGGAGGCGGAGGCGGAGGCGGAGGCGGAGGCGGAGGCGGAGGCGGAGGCGGGGGUGGAGGCGGGGGCGGGGGCGGAGGCGGAGGCGGAGGUGGAGGCAGUGGCGGAGGUGGGGGUGGGGACGGGGGCGGAGGCGGAGGUGGAGGCAGAGGCAGUUUCAGUGGCAGUGGCAGACGCAAUGGCACCAGUGCCAAGGGGUGCAGCGCAAGCCACGGCGUGGCUGGCGAUGCCUUCGCCUCCGCCGCCACCGCCGGCGGUGUCGCCGGCCGCCUUGCGGCCGCCGCGCCAGCCCCGCACGCGGCGGCUGGCCGAGCUGGCGGAGGAGCAGGACCCCGCGGCGGCGGUGGCGGGUCCCAGCGGCCACUUGGAUGAGCCGGGUGGCGGCCGGGAGGCUGGCGGCCCGGCGCCGCCGCAAGCGAUGUCAGCCGGAAAUGCCGGCGAUGCAGCCGCAGUCGGCAAUGGCUGUGGCAGCGGUGGGGCCGGCGGCAGAGGCAGCGGCGCAGCGGAGGUGGUCGCCGGACGUGCGGUGCCGCCGACAGCGGCUUACGGCGGGCCUGGGCCUAUGGCUGCCGGCGCCGCAGCGGCCGACGUGUCUGCAGCGGCCGCGCCGACUGCCUUCAUGACGGCGGCGGAGUUGCCAUGUGGGGUCCCAUGUGGGGUCCUGGCUGCGGUGCCGGCGGCGGCGGCUGUGGCGCAGAGCUCAGUAGGCGGCCAGGGCCUGAGGGCGCAGGCGGGCGCCUGGGGGCAGCUGCGCCAGGACCACGAGGCGGCGCGACCGAUGCCGACCAUGAGCGCGGGGCAGGGUGCGGAGGCCAACGCGGGGGCGGGCGCGAAGCCGGGAGCGGGAGCAGGGGCGGGAGUGGAAGCAGCCCCGGACGCCGUCCAAGCUGGCGCAUUAGCGACGCCAGGCAACCAUGCUGCGGCGCUGGAGGUGCUGCCGCUGCUGCUCGAUUUCCUGCCGCUGCGGCUGCGCCAGCUGCACAUGCAGCGCCAGACACUGCUGGGGCUGCAGCCGCUGCUGGAGCAGGCCGACAGGUCGGACAUGCAGCAGCAGCAGCAGCAGCAGCAGCAGCAGCAGCAGCAGCAGCAGCUGCAGCAGCAGCAGCGGCAGCAGCAGCAGGAGCUGCAGCAGCAGGAGCUGCAGCAGCAGGAGCUGCAGCCGCAGCGCGGGAGGCUGGGCCGGCGGCCGCUGAAGAUGGUUGAGCUGGACUUCCGCUGGUGUGCUGUGUGUGGGGCCAAGUGCGGCGGCGCUGCGGGUGGCGGCGGCGGUGGCGGCGGCGGCGCAGGAGCCGGCGGCGGUGGCGGUGGCGGUGGUGGCGGCGGAGGCAACGCGGCGGAUGCCUGGGUCGCAUGGUUCGAGUGCGGCGACCCCUCCCGCAUCGUGUGCGCGCCGUGCCACGAGCGGAAGGCGGCGUCAGAGGGCGUGGCAGCGGCGGGCGGCAAGCGGCGCAAGGGCGCACGUGUGCCGACAACGGCAGCUGCCGGGGCGCCCGCCGCGUCGUCACAGCGGAUGCCACCAGCAGCAGCAGCAGCAGCCGCAGCGGCAGCCGCUGCAACAGCGCCAGCGCCGGCGCCGCCCGCAGGCACGCGCGCCGGCACGCCUGGAGCCGGCACGCCAGGGGCCGGCAUGCCUGGAGCCUGCAUGCCGCUCAGGCCGAGCAGUGCUGCGGGCGAGGGCGGCGCCGCGGGCAGGCACGCGUCAGGCGCCGCGGCCGGCCAGGCACAGCCGGUUGAGGCAUCUGCAGGCGCGGAGCGCGCGUGUGCCAACCACCCGGACGGCCCGACUCCGUCUGCCGCGACCAGUGCCCCGGCCUCCGGCCGGCCGCACCUCAGCCUCUCGCGCAGGCUGCAUCUGGCGAGUGCGGGCGCGCGUGCGGCCGCGGCCGCAGGGAUAGCAGCAUCGCUCGCCGCAGCCUCGAAGCAGCGGGACACAGCCGUGCCUGGGCCCUCUGUCAAAGCGAUGGCCGCCUUCAUGGCAGCGGCCCAGCGCGCCGGCACUCCACCCCAGCGGCAGCCACAGGCGCAGCCACAGGCGCAGCAGCAGGCGCAGCAGCACCGCGCCUCGGACGGCGGGGCCCGGGAUGCGGCGCCGUGCCUGCUGUCCGGCGAGCCCCAGCCCCAGCGCCAGCAGCCGCAGCGCCAGCCCCAGCCCCAGCGCCAGCCGCAGCGCCAGCCCCAUCCCAACCCGCCCAACCCGCCACGGCUGAUGCAGGACCUGGCGCCUCUGUCCACCCAGGCCGCCACACUCACGUCCGCAGGCACGCUGGCCGCGCCGGCUCAGGCCGCGGGUGUGCUGCCAGCCUACGCUGGAGCUGCGGCCGCUGCUUAUGGCCUGGGCGCCGGCGCCGCCACUGCUGCAAGUUUGGCGACGGCGGCGGUGGCGGCGCCGGCUUCUGUCCGUACCGCGGGCGCUGCUGCGUUGCUCAUGCCGGCGCAACGUCACAUGCUCUUGAUGCGGCAACACCAGCAGCAACAGCAGCAACAGCAGCAGCAACAGCAGCAACAGCAGCAACAGCAGCAACAGCAACAGCCCCACAUGCAGGCGCCAAACCAGCAGCAGGUGGAGGCGCAGCUGCAAGACGCGCAGCUGCAGCAGCUGGCACAGGGCACCUUGGCGAGCAUGCAGCAACUGCGGCUACAGCACCACCAGAACAUGCAACGUCGGCAGCAGCAACAACAGCAGCAGCAGCAACAGCAACAGCAACAGCAACAGCAACAGCAACAGCAACAACAGCAACAGCAGCAGCAGCAACAGCAACAACAGCAGCAACAGCAGCAACAACGGCAACAGCAGCAGCUGCAGCAGCAGCAACAGCAGCAGCUGCAGCAACAGCAGCAACGACAGCACCAGCCGCUGCAGCUGGUGCAGUACCAGACACCUGGAAGCUUCAGCCCUCCAGGCAAGCUGCUAGCCAACUCCACGUUGGCCUGUGCACACGCCUCCUCACACGCCUCCUCACACGCCUCCGAAGCGCGUGAUGCAGUGGUAUCCCUGACAGCAGCAGCACUACCACAGGCACCACCGCUGCCACCACCACGAUCAGCACCAACACCAUUGCAGCCACCACCAACACCAACACCAACAACACCACCAGAGGCCAUCUCUCCAAGGGCGGCUGCGGCCGCAGCGGCCGCAGCCGUAGCCGCAGUGGCGGAGGUGGCGGCAACGGGGACGGCCGCCGCCGCAGCAGAAGCCGCAACGGCCGCAGCGGCGGCUGCAAAGGUGGCGGCUGCGGCCGCCGCGGCAGCAGCUGCCGCGGCGCCAGCAUACCGAGGCCACACCGCAGCUGGGAGCCUGCAACAACCCUUGGUUGCAUCCGUGGCCAUGCCCGGUGUUAUCUACCACAGAAGGAGCGGCCCCGGUGCUGUGACCGGCGGCAGUAGUGGGCCUGUCAGCGCCGGUGGGCCUGUCAGCGGCGGUGGUGCCGGCGGUGCCGGCGGCGGUGGUGCCGGUGGCGGUGGUGCCAGCGGCGGUGGUGAAGGCGGCGACGGUGGGCCCGGCGCUAUGCACGUGGUGGACAAUGUGCCGGAGGAGGUGCGGCAGCGGCACCAGCACUUCCUGCAGCAGCAGCAGCAGCAGCAGGCGGAGCUCCAGCGGCAGCAGCAGCAGCAGCAGCAGCCGCACGUGCUGGAGCCCAGAUGGCAGCCGCGGCUGCUUCUGCAGGUGCUGCAGCCGGAGGAGCAGCAGCAGCAGCGGUUGCAACCUGAGCCGCCGGAGCAGCAGCGGCUGGCUCAGGCGUAUGCCCGGCUCGAGGCGGCUCUGUCGUCGCCACCAGGCGGGCAGGGGCAGGAGAAGGGGAACGGCCAAGGGCACGGCCAGGAGCAGGGCCGUGGACUGGGGCAGCCGACAAUGCCGGCACAGACGCUCAUGCCGCCACUGAUGACAUCCCAGCGCGGCGCGGGCAGUGCUGCGGCGGGCGGCGGCGGCUUCGCUCCACACACAGCCGCGGGCAGCUCGGGCGCCACGGGCAGCGUAACGCUGGGAGGCGGUGCCAGUGACAGUGCGAUGCUGGAGUGGGUGCUGCUGGGCGAGAGCCGCCCGCCCCCACAGCCGCCCGCACAGCCACCCGCACAGCCGCCCCCACAGCCGCCCCCGUCUGCACCUGCACCUGCAGCGGUGCCGGCGCCGGCGCCUGCCGCGCUGGCUCCGCUCGCUCCGCUGGGCUCGGGGCUGCACCGCAUUGGGGCGCCAACACGGGGCCCUGCAGCCACCGCCGCAGCUCUGGUGGGCACGGGCACGGGCACGGGCACGGGCACGGGCACGGGCAUUUUUGCGCCCACAGCCGCGACCGCGGCGGGCUACGUGGCUCAUGGUGGCGCCGCUGGCAGCGUGGCAGCAGCUACGCAAGCAGCAGCCCCAGCAGCUGCAGCUGUGGCGUCGUCGUCAGCAGCGGGUGGUGCAGCCCCGAUGCGGGUCCGGGCACCCACAGUCCCUCACGCCAGCGCGCCGCCGCCGCAGCAUACGCAGCUUCAGCAGCACCAGCAGCACCAGCAGCACCAGCAGCAGCCGAAAGAACCGCAGCGCCGCGCAAGCACCGGCGCCAUGCCCGCUGCCUGGGCCUACCCCACGCUGGCGCCGCCACCGGCGCUGUGGGGUGGGGACGGCGGCCACGACCUGCAGCCCCCCACGACGCAGGCCGCCGGGCACAGGGUGCCCAGCCACGCGCGCACAAGCAGCCCACCUCGUGCACAGCCACAGCCACAGCCACAGCCACAGCCACAGCCACAGCCACAGCCACAGCCACAGCCACAGCCACAGGCGCAGGCGCAGCCACAGCCAACGCAACAGCAGACGCUGCAACAGCCAACGCAACAGACAUUGCAGCAGCCGCAGUCGGAGCCGCAGAUACCGCAGCUGCAGCAGCAGCAGCUGCUGCAGUUACAGGUGCGGUCACAGCAACCGCCGCAUGCGGCUGCAGCGUGGGGGCUCAGCGGCGCGGCGCCCCAGGCAACUGCUGGUGUGCCCGCGGCGGCGUCGCCCGCUGCUGCUGUGCGCCCGGCUGACACCACUGUGCGCCCGGCUGACACCACUGUACGCCCGGCUGACACCACUGUACGCCCGGCUGACACCACUGUACGCCCGGCUGACACCACUGUGCGCCCGCACGCCGAGCCCUGGACCGCGACAGGUGCCGCGCCGCAGCAACAGCCGCAGCAGCAACAGCCGCAACAGCAACAGCAGCAACAGCCGCUACAACAGCAUGCAACGCAGGAGCAGCGGCAGGACAGCCAUCCGGCCGCACAUGCGGGGCGGCACGCAUCGCAGGCGCCGCAGCCGACACGACCCGGGCCGCUGUCCCCGCCUACACGGGUGCUGCUGCCGCCGGAACCCCAUUCCGAGGCGGGCGGGGCGCAGGCGCCCGGCGCCGCCACGCAUUGCGCCGCGUGCGGCUGUAGCCUGGCCAACAAAAAGGUGUACAGGCACAAGUCAACGCCGGGGCUGAAGACCUGCAAGAGCUGCUACUGCCGCUGGUGCCGGACGCACUCCUACAAUGAUGCCGGCAAGACGCGCGCCGCUGCUACUGCCGCCGCAGGUGCAGGCGCAAGCGCAGCAGCAGCAGCAGCACCUGCUACUGCCACCACCGCCACACCGGCGGCGGGGGCGAGCUCGCUGCAGCCGGGCAGGCGCGUCGCGGCCACGCGCCGCAGGGCUGCAGCCGCGGUGUUACGGGAGGACACGGGCGGGGGAAGCGACGCAUCGGCCGGCUUGAAAUCGGAGGAUGGUGAGCAGGAGGUCGCAGAGGUGGAGGCGGAGGUGGAGGCUGGGAGGGGGACGAAGCAUGCGGCGGGGCCCGAGGCCGCCGCCGGGCACGGGGCAUGGAGGCUGAUGCCGCCGGUCAAGCGGCCCGCGGCAGUAGCCAACGACGAGCCCUGUGCGAGGGGCACUGGCUCCCCCUUGCCUGACUCGCAGUCGCCUCCAGCCCGCGAGCGCGUGUUGCAGCAGACGGCGCUGGUGGUGGCGGCGGCGCAGGGGCAGGGGGAGACACUGCAGGGCGGGCCCUCCCCAGAUGCUGCGGAGCAGCGGAUGGAGGAGGAGCGGGAGAAAAUGGAGGGAGGGGACGAAGAGUUCGGCCAGCGGGAGGCCGCGGUGCGCGCACCGCAGCACCCGCGGCCGCAGCAGUCGCGGCUGCAGCCUCAGUCGCAUUCGCUGCAGGACCCCGCGGAGGGGCAGCUGGCGGGCGUUGCAUCCUCCGGAGAGGAGUCUGCGGCCGAGCAGCGGGCGGCUAAGCGGGCGGGUGGGCGGGCGGGUGGGCGGGCGAGGGAGCACGCCGCGGCGGUGCUGCUAGCGGAAAGCGGCGGUCAUGGGCAAGUGGAGGAGGAAGCGGAAGAGGAAGAGGAAGAGCAGGAGGGGGAGGGGGAGGAGGAGAUGGAGGAGGAGGUGCGUGACAAGGACCUGGAGCGGCGGGGGCUGGAGCUGGGGCAGUGGCCGGACGUGGGCGGCGGCGGGCUGGAGCCCCAGUCUGCGGGCCGCCUGGCGCGGUGGCUGCGACAGUACUGCGGGGCGCUGGAGGCAACCGUGGAGGCGCUGGACACGCACCAGCAGGCGCAGCGGCAGCACCAGGCGCAGCAGCAGCAGCAGCAGGCGCAGCAGCACCAGCACGCGCUGCGGACGUGCGGGCGCGGCGGUCUGCCGGGCCCUGCCACGGCCGCUGGCGACGACGUCGUGGGCUACAGCUGCGCCGGAGGGCUCGGCACAGCUGCCGCACACCCGCGCAGCUCGGACUUGGCUGUGGCCACGAACCCCAACGGCCGCGGCCUCGCCCCACACCGCGGCCACGCGCCAGACCUGGACAUGCAGCGCCGCUUGGCCGACGGCAUAAACCGCUGGAUGGAGGCGCACGUGUGGGGCCGGCCGCUGGCGCUGAUGCUGGGGCAGGAAGCGGAGGCGCUGGGCCUGGACCUGGAGCAGCCGCCGCUGGGGCUGGCGCCGGAGGAGCAGACGGGCUGGCAGUGCAGCCGGGCACGAGUGUGCGCCGCGUAUGCGCGCGUUGCGGAUGCGGCCAUGAACGUAGCCCAGCCGCAGCAGCAGGAAGGGAAGGAGCAGGAGGCAAAGUCGGGGCACCAGCAGCAGCAGCAGCGGCAGCAGAAGGAGAUGGAGGAGGCAGAGGAAUACCAGCAGCAGCGGCCGGAGGAGGCGCGGUCUCCGCCGUCAGCUGCAGCGGUAGCCUCUUUCCGUGGGGUCACCUACAUGCUCGCCCACCAGCUGGCGGCAGAGCUGGCGUGGGUGGGUCCUCACGCUCCCACCACCACCAGCAUCACCACCACUAGCAGCGUGGGCGCGAUUGGCGCCAGCGGCGUUGACGGCAGAGGCGUUGGCGAGGGCGGUGCGCCGCUGCAACCGGAGUGGAGGCACCAGGGGCCGCGCCCCGCGCCCGAGCAGCCGCCGCUUGGCCUGACGGCCCCGCCACUGGCGGCCCCGGCGCCUGCGCACCCGGAGGGGCGGCAGCAGCAGGUCGCCGUGCCCGCGGCCGUGGCGGCGGCUGGCGGCACCGUGGCGCCGCAUGGCGCCGCAGGGGGAGAAGAAGGGCGCGAGGCAGUGGCGGCGCGGGAGCGGGCGGCGGACCGACUGCGGCCGCUGCUGCUGCGGGCCGUGUGCGAGGGGCUGCGACUGGCCCUCAGGGUCGGCUCCCAGCUGACGACGCGGCGGCAGCAGCCGCAGCAGCAGACGCAGGCGCAGGAGCAGGCGCAGGAGCAGCCAGCCGCGGUGCCGGGGUCGGGAGCUGGCGGCAUGGUGGGUGCCGGCGGCGUCCCUGCCAGCGCCGGGCGGCUCCUGUUGCGGCUGUCGGCUGUCGGUGGUGCUGGUGCUGGUGCUGGUGCUGGUGCUGGUGCUGGUGCUGGUGCUGGUGCUGGUGCUGGUGGUGGUGGGCGGGCCCCCGCGGGCGCCGCGGCCCCCGCGCCCGGCGGUGCAGCCUCAUCCACAGCGCUGGUGCUGGUUGGCGCGCCGCGGCCUGCGGCGGAGGCGGCCGCUGGGCCGCCGUGGCAGUCACAGCAGCGGGAGUCAGCCGCCCUGUGCCUGGCUCCCGGCGUCUACCUACCUGCCCCGGCGUCAGCUCCUGCUGCGGGCGGCUCUGGGGCCAUGGUCGCGGCGGCUGAUGCCGGUACCGGCGAGCCGGGCUACCUGCGGGUGAUUGCGCCCCUAGUUGUGACUAGAGCACAUCACUGAAGAAGUUGACACCGUAGAGCAGCGGGGGCGCGCGAUUGCAGCUGAUUGGGGCUGGUGUGUGGUGUUUCCUUUUCAGCGCAGCGCUCUAAGAGCUAUGGGGAUGGAGGUGUGGACGGUGAUUCCUGUCAUAGUAGAAGUAAUUCAUGCUGCUUGUGGGUCGCACGUGAUUGACGCAUGGCGCUAGCGCAGCUGUGGCUUUCAGGCUGUGGGCUAACGCGACACGCUGUCCGGUAGAUGCAUUCUCCGUUAGGUUCUAUAAGCGCCAGCAUAAACUCAGAAAUGCUGGGCGAUACGGUGCGCUAGUAUUGCCUGUUUGUGUGGAUGUCCAGAGGGCGUGUUGCAAAGGCAGUGUUCAUGGCGUGAGCGCUGGGGACAACCCUGAUGAGCACUGCGCACGGUAUUCAAAGAAAUGCGGAGAAAGCGAGGGGUUAGGGGUAAGUCUGGGGAGGAAUGUGUGGAGGUUGUGCACUUAAUCAUAGUUGGGGUUAUUCCUUACAAUUCUUUUUAGCCCACGAUACCAGUGUGGACCAGUGCGAACCAAUGCCCCGGGACCGACGAUGGCAUGGGCUUGCAGGAGCGAGCAGGGGCGGCUCCCCCAGUUCUGUGGAAUGACUGGGACCCCCGCGCGCGUGAGAUGGGGCUGGUGGGGAGCGCAAGGGACAGGUGCAAGGCAACUCUUGGCAACAGGAUUGACCGUGUGCUUUGAAGGCUGUAUUCAGGGAUGGUUUCAUGAGUGGGCGGGGGCAGGGUAUCGCCAGGACAGACGACGAGACGCGAUCAUACAAGUCCGGGCCCUGCGAGCAUGUUGUAGACAGCUGGCCGCGACUUCGCAAGCGAGAUCUGGCUGCGUUUCGCAGGUUUCCAGCGGUACAAGAGUGGACGCAUGUCGGUACGCCGGUAAAGUGCGGCCAGCCCGGGACCACCACCUCAUUGCAUGCAGUUAACCAACAUAAAGCUAAACCACUAGCAUGGUUUGGCGCCAGGAAAGUGUCACGGAGGCGAAGGGGCAGUGGUGAUGAUGCUUCCCGCGCAUGUGACG